AUGGCAGCAAGGACAGUGAGAGAUGUAGUAGUCCCACUCACAGCAAAUGUCACAUCCAGUAUUCAGAAAUCACCGGCAGGAGGACGUUCAAGAAUUCUGAAUAAAGUUAAGCUCCCAACAAAGCAGAAAGAUUCUAAGAGUUUCACGGUACAGGUUACUAUUGGCAGUUGUGUGAAUGCAAGAGGAUUAUGUGAUUUAGGGGCAAGAAUCAAUUUGAUACCUACCUCUAUGUUUAAGAAAUUGGUUUUUGGAAAUUUGAAGCCUACCACCAUUCUGUUGCAACUGGAAGACCACUCAAUAGUCAAACCAUAUGGGAUCAUUGAGGAUGUAUUAGUCCAGGUGGGUUCACUCAUUUUCCCUAUGGACUUUGUCAUCCUAGAAUUUAAGCCAUAUCCAGAGGUUUCUUUCAUAUUGGGAUGA